ACCAGCUACCCGACGUAAAAUUAUUUGUACGUGGCAUGGAUUCGCUAUCCGAGCAAUCCGGUGUCGAAUAUACCCCUCUUCCGACCAUCACUUUCAUCACCCCUCCUCCUGAACCACCCAAAAAUCUCCGCGAAUUCCAAGUAGUUGCCUUUGCAGAACACACAAAGCCGUAUUACGAGCAAUCUCAUAUCAAAAUACCCGACAGCCCUUUCCCAUCCUUCCUCGAAGAGAUGUAA